GAGAGGGCUGCUUGUUAUCAAAUUUAUACUAAUUUAUUCCAUUUAUACUAAUGUUAAUGUCUGAGAAGAAGUUUAAGGAGAAGAAUAUAGUGAAUCAUGUUAUUUAAGUAGAACCGAUUAAUUGGAAGGUAAACCUGGGACUACCUAAUGUGGAGAUAGAGUACCAUGAAUAGAAUCUUGGAUAUUUUAAAGAAAGAUGAAAAUUGACUUUUUUAUUGAGUGCCUAGAUGUGUCAGCUGUGCUAGGCAUCAGGGAUAUAGUGUUGAGGAAAGUUGCUCGUGGUCUUUAUAACUUAGCAUUUCUGUAACUUGGCUGUCUGCUCUCCACCUGCCAAAGUCUGAGAAUCAGAAUUGUUAGAUAAUGAUCAGUGUAUGGGAAUUCCCUCCAAACUGAAUUUGGAGUUGAUACGUAGAAUGACAAAUGAAAUGAGAUACUGACGAGCUGUGCAGAAGAAAAGCUCUCUCAAAGGAGAUGGGAACGAAUUUCUAAAAAGUCAUCAGUUUGAUGGUCAUGGUAAUUCUUGGUAUUUGAGAGAAUCAUUUGAAUAGUGUAGUAGAGGUUAUAGGAGAUUGUGGGUUCAGUGGUAACAGAAAGGAAGGUGAUAAUUCAUUUAAGGAAAGUGGCUGUGAAAAGGACAAAUAGAGACCACCGUAAGUAGACAGGACAGCAGAAUCAAACAGGGUGGUUUUGAUUUUGUUUGACAGAUAGUGCACAGGCAUUUGAAGGCUAAAGAGCAGUUGUCAGGUGUGGACAUGCAGGCUCUUUCUAGUGUCUUUCAGGUAGCCUUUGCAGAUUUUUGGAGCAUAUUGUGUGUUCUUGGUUUGAGUUCAUUAAAUAUUAAGUUUAGUAAUCCUCUGUGUACUUGUGACAAUCUGUAUUCUAGUUUGCCUUUGCUCAUUUUAGUGUAAGCUUAGAUAUUAAAGUAUGCAUGUUUUAAAAUGUAAAAUACAUGUUGAACCAGGAAUGAUUGAGGUUGGAAGGCAUUUCCAAAUUGAAUCUUUAAUCUGCUGUGUUUAAAAUUGUGAAUUUGUGUAGUAGGUUAAGUUUAUACUUGUAGGUAUGUCAAAAAAGUAGGGGCACCUGGUUUGCUCAGUCAGUAGAGGAUGUGACUCUUGAUCUCGGAGUCAUGAGUUCAAGCCCCACGUUGAGCAUGGAACCUGCUUUGAAAAAAUGGUGAAAAGAUAUAUAUUUAUUGAAUUUAACAUACCUAGUUAAGUUAGUUUCUGUUUUUAGGAUAUUAUUUGAGAUGAGUAGCCUUGUAUCUGCUUUUUGGGAAAACCUUUUUUAGAGAUUUGUACAUGACUUUUCAUUCCUGUUCAGUUAUUAAAACUGGCUAUUUUGCCACCUUGACUUUGAUAGUGUUAGGAGAAAUGACAUUACUGUUCAUUGUUGUUCUGAACAGAUUGCUGUAAUCAGUAGGCCAACCCUGCACCUGCAGCAGUUCUUACAGUUUUGACUAGACUGUAUUUUAACUCUUUGUUGAGAUUUGCAUAGUUUAAUAUUUUUCUAUGCUUACUGGGAUUUUUGAGGGUAGGGAAUGAUUUCAAAACUUGAAAUGGAUACUGUGGGAAAGGGACAGUCUGUUGAUUUGGAGAAUUGAGUUGUAGCAAUUAUGAAGCUUCCCUUACCAACAAAUUUUCUUCAUCCUAUUUAGAGAUUUAUUAGCCUACCUGUAUGGAGCUUCCAGCUUUCUCUCUAAUGAGUUGGGCAUUAUAAAACAUAAAAUUGGUUCCAAAUUUUAAAAUAUUUAUCCAAAGAAAUUAAAUGACAGUACAUUAACUUAAUCUGAGUUAUGUGAAUUGUACAGAAAAAAAGAGAUGAUUUUGGUUGGUUAUAAUUUGCUAAAGCAUGCCUCUCCUUGCAAGCAUCAGAGGUUGAUGAGUGGGAUGUUAGUUGUUUAGAGUACGUAUAUAUAUUUUUUAGGAUUAUUUUUUAUUUACUUAUUCUGAGAGCACACAUGCGAGUGCAGGGAGGGGCAGAGAGAGAGGAUCCCAAGCAGGCUCCAUGCUGUCAGCACAGAGCCCGACUUAGGGCUCAGUCCCAUGAACCAUGAGAUUGUGACUUGAGCUGAAACCAAGAGUUGGAUUCGUAACUGAUGGAGCCACCAAGGCUCCCCAAGGUACACAUUUUUAGUGUAAUAAGGCCAAUAAUACCUGUUGUUUAAUGAAAAAAACUUUGUGGUAGAUUUAUUCAGAUAGAAAUUUUGACAUAAAGUGAUGAUCGCAGUUCCCCUCUGUUUUAAAUGUUUCAGUGACUACUUUUGCUAUUUUUUAAAAAUGUUUAUAUUAAGGUAUAGUUCACAUACAAUGAUAUACUGAUUGCAGGUGCAUAAUGUAGUGAUUUGACAAUUCUGUCACCACAAUAAGUGUAGUUACCAUCUGUCAUCUGUACACAUUUUGUUGUGUUAUUUUUCAAAGACAUUUAGAAGCAAACAUUUCUACAGAAUAGACCAUAAGAAUACUUUUCACCUAAGUGUAAUGUUUUGUGUUUUUUUUUGGGGGGGGGGGGGUGUUAAUUAGUUUUCUUAAAGCUUUUAAUAAAGUGAUAGAAACCAGUAUUCUUGCAACUAAAAAAUAAAAAUUUAGUGGGCAUUGCACAAAAUACUUUUCAUGUAUUUUCCGAAACCUGUACCUUUGUUUUGAUCCUUUAACAUUUUGGAUACGUAUGUGUUCGUACUUAGAAAUUAGAGAUUUCUUCUUGGCUUAAGUAAAAUCUUGAAGGAUUGGUUUAUAUUUAGAUUUCCUGGCUUGAUUUUUGGAAGGUAAUUUUCUAGGAUUAAGAUUGUUAGAAGAAAUUAUUGCUGUUACAGCAAAGCCUUUCAUUUCAAAUCUUUUACUGGUUGUUGGAGCCGUUUGAAUGGCUCAUCAUUAGUGAGGGAAGGGAUCUCCUUUUUCUUUCCGAUGGAAUGUAGUUUUAACUUAGCCGCAAAGGAUAUUUUCCUCUUGGUCUCCUUUCUGGUGCUGCUGGGAGCAUGGGAGAUGGAUAUAGGCUGUCACCCCUGUGGCUACAGCUCCAUCUGGCAGCAAUAAAAAAGGCUGCUGAGACUGAAAGCCCCUGAAAGGAACAUGUCUUUUACUUUGAGUGGUAGCCCCUGGGAGGACAUGUAUGCCCAGGACUCUAUAGAGCUACUAACAACAUCUGGCAUCCAGUUUAAAAAACAUGAGGAGGAAGGAAUCGAGACCCAGUACUUCGCAGAACUUCUUAUGACAUCGGGAGUGGUCCUCUGCGAAGGGGUCAAAUGGUUAUCAUUUCAUAGUGGUUAUGACUUUGGCUAUUUAAUCAAAAUCCUGACCAACUCUAACUUGCCUGAAGAAGAACUUGACUUCUUUGAGAUCCUUCGAUUAUUUUUUCCUGUCAUAUAUGAUGUGAAGUACCUCAUGAAGAGCUGCAAAAAUCUCAAAGGUGGUUUACAGGAAGUUGCUGAACAGUUAGAGCUGGAACGGAUAGGACCACAGCAUCAAGCAGGAUCUGAUUCGUUGCUCACAGGAAUGGCCUUUUUCAAAAUGAGAGAAAUGUUCUUUGAAGAUCAUAUUGAUGAUGCCAAAUAUUGUGGUCAUUUGUAUGGCCUUGGUUCUGGUUCAUCCUAUGUACAGAAUGGCACAGGGAAUGCAUAUGAAGAGGAAGCCAACAAGCAGUCAUGACAUGAAAUAGUCCUUUUAUUUUUAUUUGAGCUACACACAAGCUUGGAUAUAGGUUUUAUCUCUGGUUGAAUCCCUUGAACGAUAGAUGAUACUAUUUUUUUUUUUCUUUCAUAGCCCAUUUUAUUUUCUGCCUUCCAGUACUAGUAUAACCAUUCCUAUCUCAGAUCUUAAUAACUAGAAAAGCAUUCAGGUUAAAUUUGGCCUUAAUAUACUUGUUAGCAGGCAUGUGUGACAGAGAGUGGGGAAAGCUGCAUCAUAUUGAGUAUUUUGAUAAACUUUACCUGCUUGGGCUUGGUUUGUUUUUCCCCCUUCGUAAAUUAACUAGCACUGACUGUAAUUUAUUUCCCUGUUUCAUGUCUCCCUUCCAUUCUACAGGAGUUUUAGCUAUUUUGAGAUUGUGGACCAUCAAUUUUGCACUUUAGAGAGUGAUUCUGACUCAAAUCCUCUGUUUUAUCAGAAAUUUUGGCUUUUCUUGCUCUUAGCUGGAAAAAUGACCAUCUGCCAAUCUUAUACAGUAUUUACUUGUUUUUGACCCAUGGAAAUAGCACACGCAUUGUGCAAACGGUUGAUUCAGCAAGACUACAAAAAAAAAAAAAAAGACAAAAAAACUACUGAGGAGCUUAGUAACUGCUGUUUCUGUACGUAGUGUUUCAUCUUCCAAGCACAUCUAGUGUCUGUCAGUGUCUCAUUGGCAUGUGUAGGCUGCUCUGACCGAAGAAUUUUUCAAACCAGCUUUACACCCUUCAGGAACAAUCCCUUGUGAUUGGAUAUUUAGUGUCUGCCAGGAAACUGGUAUCCAAGAUAUUGAAGCUGCAGUUAUUUUAUGAUAGCACACUUCCCUUUGAUCUGCUUCUUUUUAUUCUGUCACUGUUUACCCUGUUUUUAAUUUUUAAAAAAUUGUAUAGCCAUGCUUAACAACACUCUUACUUUGUUGAUUCCACAAAUCAGUUUCUUUAAAGUCCAAAGAUAGCAAGUCUUUAGGUAUAUUUUGUACCAGAUUAAAUUAGAAGAAGAAAAAAUUGUGCUUUCAUAGUUGUUACAAAGAUGAAUAAUGCAGAGAUUUGGUGCACAACAACAAAAUACAAAAAUAUAUUCUAUAUAUAAAGUCAUAUAUAUACGUACACACAUAUGUACAUAUAUAUAUGUACG